CUCAUAACCUAGAUAGAUACCAAAACAUUCAUAACAUUUAUACCCUAUAAUUUUUUAAAUUCUGCACGACCUAGGCGUGUACAAUCUCUUAAAGCACAAGAUACCAUUAUGUCCUCAAGGUCUUUCAACUAACAUUAUAUAAAAAUGAAAAGAACGCAAUAAAUACCUAAAAAUAAACACAUAUCACAAAACGUAUAAGUAAAUGUCACAAAUGAUGGAAGCAAUGGGGCAAGUGAUACCGCUUCAGUCACAGGAGUAGCGGCUCCUCUCCCUACUACACCUCCAUGGUUUUGGGCACCUUGAUAAUAACAACUGGCCAGAUCCUGGCUGUUAAAAUUUUAAAACUGUCAAAAUGACACACACACAUUGAAUUAUUCACCAGUAUCUUAUGUAAUAAAAUAUAUGUAUACGAAUAAAAAAACAAAAGCCGUUCCUAAUGGCUGAGGCUAAAACUCUUCCUCAAUACGUAGCAGCAACGAGUAUUUGUUUGGGAGCUUGGAGUACAGGAACAGUAUUAGGUUGGACAUCAAACAUCACAGAUGACCUAAAAAAUGGGAAACUCAACGGAUUAAAAAUGAACAACGACGAACUAGGUUGGGCAGGAUCUUGCUGUACAUUAGGAGCUAUGAUGGUGUGUUUUCCAAUAGGAUUUUUAGCAGAUACUAUAGGAAGAAAGCCUACCUGCUUAGGCACUGUUAUACCAUUCGUCGUUGGAUGGUUGUUAAUCAUAUAUUCCAAAACUCAUUUAAUGCUAUACCUCGGAAGGGUAUUAACAGGAGCAGCUGGUGGAGCAUUCGUAGUAAUAGGACCAAUUUAUACAGCAGAAAUAGCGCAAACACAUAUCAGAGGAAAGUUGGGCACCUUCGUACAACUUUUUAUAGUAAUCGGCGUAUUAUAUGACGAAAUACUUGGUUGGGCCUUGCCUAUGCUUGCCUACAACAUAGCAUGUCUAGUAGUACCAGUUAUAUUUGGAGUGGUUUUCCUGUUUCAACCAGAAACUCCUUUCUAUAAUCUAAAGAGAGGAAUGCCUGAAAAGGCGGAAUACUGUCUGAAACGCUUAAGAGGUAAUCAUUACGACUUUAGAAUAGAAUUAGCAGUAAUAAUAAAUGAAAUCGAAGAAGAAAGGAGAACAGGCAACUUUUGGAAGGACGUAAAAACUAGGGCGAACAAAAAGGCGACAGUGAUUUGUAUAGGAUUAAUGCUGUAUCAACAAUUAACUGGUGUUAAUGCUAUGUCUUUCUACUCCAAAGAUAUUUUGCUACAAUCAGGAUCUAAUAUACCUGUACAGUUUGCGGUAAUAGCAACAGGAAUUACUGGGCUUAUAUCGACUGUACUAGCAGCUAGUAUUAUUGAUAGAAACGGAAGAAUAUUUUUACUUCAGAUAUCGUGCAGAAUAUGCGCUUUUUCUACUUUCCUCCUAGCUUUUUAUUUUUCUUUGAAAUACCAUUCGGAUGCCAGACGUCAGUAUGUAAAAACUUUAAGUUUUCUACCUGCACUAUCGCUGAUGUUGUUUUGCGUAGGAUUUAACAUAGGCUUAGGCCCGAUACCAUGGUUGGCUACGGCUGAAUUAUUUUCUCCGGCUGUUAAGCAAGUUAUGGGCUCUGUAGCGUGCGCGGUGAACUGGUUGACAGCGUUUUUGGUAACGAGAUUUUGUUUAGUUAUAGAAGAAAAAAUCGGUACCGAUUAUACGUUUUAUAUUUUUACUUGUAUAUCUCUUUCGUGUAUUUUCUUUGUAUUCGUUCUGGUUCCAGAGACAAAAAAUUUAAGGUACGAUAAAAUAAAGGAAGAAUUGGAAAAAUAGUUUGUUUAGAUUGUUUUCUUGAUAGGGUAAUCUCAAAGCUCCUCUAUUUAUCUUUAAACCCGGUCAUACAUUGCAAAGAAACGUAGCGC